UUAUUACGCCCAUGGAAAUAUCCUUUUGCUUAUCUCGCUGCUGAUUUCGACUGUACUGUGGCUGUAGUGUUGAAAAAAUUGUAUGUACCAGUAAAACUAAGAGAAUAAUUAUAAAGCAUUAUAAAAUAGUGAAUAAAAGGAUAGAAGGGGACCAAAUAUUGACGUUUAAAUAAAAAUGACUCGUCAGAGAGAAGAGACUUUAUGGUCGAAUAUUGCGUUACGUAUAUUAGCGAAUACGAUAUCUCAUCCGAUCGAGUAUGCCAAAGUUUUAAUACAGAUCGGAUAUGAACCUGUGCCACCAAAACCGACAACCAGACUUUUUGGCUCUCCUGCUUUGGGACUGCCUAAUAUUUUUCAGUAUGUCAGAUACAUAAAAAGCGUUGAUGGCUUUACCGGCUGUUAUCGUGGUCUGGUUCCACAACUUUGCGCUUAUACAGUCAAUGCCGUUACUUUUGAAAAAACUUCGGAAUGUAUAGUUUUUGCUGAUGAACCGGAUAAAGAAAUUGAUGAAGAAGAAUUAUCUGAACAAGAUAGAACCAAGAGAUGCAUUUAUGAAUUGAUGAGAGACUGCAUCAGUAGGGUAGCAGGAAUCAUUGUUGGUCAUCCGCUGGAUGUAAUAGCAUUACGAGUGAUGGCUCAAUUUGUUGGUGGUGAAACGAAAUACACUGGAGUAUUUCGGUCUAUAAUUGAAGUGUACAGGGAGAAUGGAAUAAUGGGGUAUUACGCAGGUAUUGUACCUAGACUGCUAGCAAACGUUGCUACAAUCAUAAUGGUUGGUGGAUCGACGUACAUUAUCAAUAAAUACAUCAUUCGGGAUCGCGAGAUAAGCGCCUUCACGGGAUCGAUAAUGACAUUCCUCUUCACCACUGUAACAUACCCAUUUUACGUCGUCUCUCACUGUAUGAUGGUCAACAACUGUGGGCUCGUCGCUGGUCUUCCCCCUCAAAUGCCAAUCUACGACAGUUGGUUAGACUGCUGGUCCCACUUAUCCUCGAUAAACCAAUUAAAACGUGGAAGCAACAUGUUCUGGCGUUAUUACACAGGACCGAAAAACAAUGGCAACUGGAGAGCCAUGUUACCAGAGAAAACGAGAUUCAAACGCUUGGAAUGAGACUUACAAAAUCUUCUGUCACAAUAAAAAGGAAACAAACUGUCAAAAAACUUCAGUUUAUGAUACAAUUUGAUUAGAUUUUAAACUACAAAGUGUACUCAAGACUGGAUGGUCAAGUUUUGAGUUUAAAAACGAAACUCGAUCGAAGAUGUGUGUAAUAAAAAUAACAUUACUGAAUUGCUAUUGUUACGUAGAAAUAAAUUAAGUUAUAUAUGCUGUUCUGAACUUCAAAUACAUUUAUAGUCUUUCCGUUUCAGUCGAUGCAAUAAUGUUGAGAAUUUAUUUUUUCUUAACGAUUGUUUGUAGUCAUAAACUGUAUGAGAAAUUUUCACGUUCAACAAACUUUGAUUCUAUGUGUCGAUAUCGUUGGUUUAUAGCAAUAAAAAAUAUUCUAAGCAAUCAAA